AUGAAGAUAACAGGGGCCGUCCUGCUCUUCUCUCUGGCGCUUUGCUGCUUCUACUCGGAUGCUGCUGGCCAGGCUGGUAAGGGUUUCUGCACUGAGUAUAAGAAGCCUCCAGGAAGCUGCACUGAGGAGUACAAACCUAUCUGUGGCACUGAUGGGAAAACAUACAGCAACAAAUGCUACUUUUGCAAAGCAGUCUAUGAAAACCUUGGAAGUCUUUGCUUUGCACAACAUGGAGAAUGCUGA